GGAAGGGGCGUUAGGACGCAGGGGUGGUUGUGCGUGAUCGCAAUGGGUGGGGACAGGGAACCGGACUGACAGCUUCUAAGCAAAUAUCGGUGGCACAGCUGCGCCAUUUAUAUCCAGCUCGGUCUUUCAGUUGCUGCUCUUCUCAGUCACUAAACCCUUCAGCUUCACCAUGUUCCGUUUUCUGAGCGGCGCUAUUGGCAACUCCGGCAUGGCCAACCAACUCCUGCAAGGCCUGGCCGGCGUGAUUGGCCAAAUGUCUGCUGGACCAGCCGAGCAACCCCGCCAUAUUUCCCAAGUGGAGGCCUACGAGAACGAAGAGGAAAGAAAGUUCCGGCAGAUUUUCAAAAGCUUGGCGGGAGAUGACAUGGAAGUUAGUCCAACAGAGCUGAUGAAUAUUCUCAACAAAAUAGUAUGCAGACAUGCUGACCUGAAGACUGAUGGUUUCAGCCUGGAGUCCUGCCGCAGUAUGGUGGCUGUGAUGGAUGCGGACAGCACUGGGAGACUGGGCUUCGAAGAAUUUAAGUACCUUUGGGAAAAGAUUAAGAAAUGGCAGGCAGUCUAUAAACGGUUUGAUGCUGACUGCUCUGGGACCAUUAACAGCCAGGAGCUGCCAGGGGCAUUCGAAGCUGCAGGAUACCCUCUGAACGAUGAACUGUACCGACUGCUGUACCGCCGGUAUGCCAACGAAUCUGGAGACAUGGACUUUGAUAACUACAUCGCCUGCCUAGUCCGAUUGGACGCCAUGCUCAGAUCCUUCAAUGCGCUGGACAAGGACAAAACUGGAUCCAUCAAAGUUAACAUUGUUGAGUGGCUGCAGCUCACCAUGUACUCGUGAACAUCCGCACCGUCAGUCCUUUGAAGAGAGCAGAGGAUCCUGGUGGCGCUGCUUGGCUGAUGUAGUUGGACAAAUAAUCCUUUGCUUAGGGGGUGGGCGUUGUGGGUGAAAAAUAUAUUUUUCUGCAUGUUAGCUUUUUAUAGUUACUAAGAUUUCCAUCAGUAUGGCUUGUUCGGAGAUGUUGCUGACUCUGCAAGGGCAGGUGAACUUGACUGUUCCGAAAUCUACUUCCUUCCACUAACUUCUGGCUUCCAAAAGCAGAGGUCGUUCUAUUCUAGGAAUUGGAGGUUCUGCAGAAGUAACGUUGAAGAUGAGAGACUAAAGGGCUUUAAAAAUGGAGAGGUAGAGAUGUGGUCAGCAGUUAGUCCCUCCUGUUAUCUCCACAGAUGUAGAGUGCCCUGUCCAUGGUUUUCCUGCACUUCCCCUUUCCGGUUCCCAUCCUCUGCUCUCUCUGCCUCUCCUGCUCUCUGCUUGUGAAUGGAGGAUUGAGGAAAAUUAGAGUGCAAAAGAAGCUUUGGGAUUCUCUGACCAAAUUGUGCCCUCUUCUUUGGGGAAAUAAAAAUAAAAGCUGCAGAUGAUGGGAAUUUGAGACAAAAACAAACUACUCAAUAAGUCAGGCUGCAUGUUUGGAGAAAGGAGCAGGAGCUAACACCUCAGAUUGGAUUACCUGAAAGUUUAACUGCCUUUGCAGAUACUGCCUGACCUAUUGAAUAUUCUAGAUUGAAUGUCUACCUGAAAGACAUGAGACACAAAAUAAGGUUGCUGAAAUUGCUGUGCAGGUUCAGAGUUCAUUUGUGGGUUAAAAGGAGGACAGGUUCAAGGUUUGUCCUUUAUUUUGUGGAAUGUACAAGCAUCAAAAUGCCAUUUGAAGCUUACUAGUUUAAGACCCAUUUCACCAGCAUGAAUAUCUGUAUUACUUACCCACUUGUGGUGAAGCUGUAACUCGAGGAACCAUCAUCUUUCUUGAAUUGGAUUCCUUGAUGGACAAGUUUAAAGCAAUGUAUUUGAAACCUGGUUAAUCUGCCAAUAACUGCAACCUUGGAAAAGUCAAGUUUGUAUUUACGUGCUUCAUAUUUAAUGGGACAGAGAUUGUAAAGAGGCUUUUGAACACUUUUUAUCUUAACCUAACUGCUUUCAUUUAUCAUGAUUCUCUUGAAGGUUUCUAGUUUAGUUCUAAUGUCGGAACAUUAUUUAUGAUUUUGCUGAAAUGAUCCAUAUUUCAUCCUGUUAAAUUUUUUUUGCCAGUUCCAUCACACAAAAGCAGGAUCAUUUGGAAAAAGUUGAAUGAGAGCAAUGGCUUUUGAUCCCCAAAUUGGCCUCUUUGAGAACUAAUUUCAUUUUAUAAAAAAGAAAGAUGUUAUAAUAUUGUUGCUGUUGAAACUAGUUUGUGUUCAACAAGGAUCCAUUCAGCACAAAACUAAUUCUUUCCUAGCUGCACUGGAAUCUGGAAUCAUUUGGAGUUCUGCCAAUAGUUCCCCAUUUAGAGUGAGGAGAAAUCUGUGAGGAAGCCAUUCUUUUGGCAUCAAUUUCUUGAGGAUGAAGAUAAUUCUGUUUGCAUCAAUAGUGAUGGUGCCAUAAUCCAACGAAUCUAUUUACAAUUCUUGAUCUUGGUAGCAUUAAAUAAGUUUGGCCAAUUGACAUAGUCAUUAUGGAAGACCAUGCUUCCUCUUGCCAUAUAGUGUUAGUAGAAGCAUCCCUUCUGGUGUCUAGAGUGUGCCAAAUCAUGGAGCUUGUAGGUCAGGAGGGAUAGGGUGGGGAACUUAUUGCUGCUUGUUGGACCAGGAACAAGCAGUCUCUCCAUCACUAACAUGCCAAAAAAAAACCCCCACAAUUUUGUCAGGAAAUUGAUUUUUUUUUCUUCUUGUGUUGAGGUUCUCUUGGGGGAUGUGUGAUUACUGACCCUGCCAUAAUGUAAUGGGGAAGAGAGUUGUGGGGUGAACAGAUGCGUUUGAAAGUUGCUAACCUGCCUCUGUUGCUGCUUACCUGUUGCACCUUCCUUCAGUGGCCAAUCUGUAUGGUUUUUAUUAAAAGAAAAUCUAUCCACUUUUUAAAAA